AUGUGUUAUACAAUUUCCUUCGCAGGAAGGACUUACAGCGGAGAGAGCAAUGGAAGAAUUCCGCGUCAAAAAUCUAUGGUCACAGCAGCAAAAGCUCAACUGAUUACAGCUCCCAAGCAAAGAAGCAGGCCUGUUUUUCCUGAGCUCUCAAUUCAAGGCAUUCCUCUUGCUGAUUUACACGUGCGAGAAAUCGUUCAAAGGCAGUCUCAGACUCGUAGUGUGGACGGGGAAGGCGGCCGGCACAGGCCGCAGUUCAACCCCAGCUUUCUUGAAGAAGCAUAUGAGAGGUGCAAGAACCUUUGUGCAGAAUAUGCCAAGACAUUCUAUCUAGGCACUUUACUUAUGACAGAAGAGCGUCAAAAGGCGAUAUGGGCAAUCUAUGUUUGGUGCAGGAGGACAGACGAACUGGUGGAUGGUCCAAAUUCCGGUUACAUGAGCUCGGAAGUUCUUGAUCGAUGGGAACAGAGACUGGAAGAUAUUUUCGAAGGACGACCUUAUGACAUGCUUGAUGUUGCGCUGACUCAUACCGUUUUCAAUUUUCCCUUGGACAUCAAGCCUUUUCGAGACAUGAUUGACGGUAUGCGAAUGGACACGCAAAAAUGCCGAUACCAAAAUUUUCAAGAGCUCUAUCUUUACUGCUACUACGUGGCAGGGACGGUCGGCCUAAUGAGUGUUCCUGUCAUGGGAAUUGCACCAGAUUCUCGGAUUUCUGCUCAAAGUACAUAUGAUUCUGCAUUAUAUUUAGGCAUAGGAAACCAACUCACAAACAUCCUUAGAGAUGUUGGAGAGGAUGCAAUGAGAGGGAGAGUUUAUCUUCCCCAAGAUGAGCUUGCGCAGUUUGGGUUGUGCGAUAACGAUGUUUUUUCAAGAAAAGUGACAGAUCCAUGGAGAGCAUUCAUGAAAGAACAGAUUACAAGAGCAAGGUUUUAUUUCAACCUAGCAGAAGAAGGAGCUUCUCAGCUUGAUAAGGCUAGCCGUUGGCCGGUAUGGUCAUCAUUACUGAUAUAUCGAAACAUACUGGACGCCAUCGAAGAAAACGAUUACGAUAACUUGACAAAGAGAGCGUACGUAAAGAGAGCCAAGAAACUUCUCAUGCUGCCUUUGGCAUACACAAGAUCUCUAUCAACACAUAAUUUGAUGUCCCAAUAAUAAAAACAUGAAGUCGCACAUCAAAUUACUUGGACAUGUUUUGCGAGUAAUCAAGCUAGGUAUAAAUCAUGUACCUUUUUGCUCAUUAUAGAUUUCAAGACACUUAUAGCUCGAGCGGUUAAGAGCGUUUACUGCCUGUAUCAAUUGAAGAACAAGGAAUCAAACAAAAAUUCGCAUUCAUAACAAAGGUGCAAAUAAUGAUCGUUUGAACUUUCCUUCCCUUUGUACCUCAUCUCAAUAGAAUAUAAUAGUUGAUCUGUUAGAGCAAUCCACUCCCACCUCUACAUCCAAGUUGGUAUCUCACACCCGUACCUUGAAUGACUUUAAUAUAGAAUAUCAUCUCUAUCAAUAAAUAGAGACAUUCUCUUGUCGAAAGAAAAGAAUAGCUCAUCUAAAGAAACUCUCCCAUCCAAGGGCAAUUUUUUCUUUCUUGGCCGAAGCCAUUCUAUUUUUUUCCGGAGUUUUGGGAAGUUCGGUUUCCGAUUAGCAAAACAUAAUCGGAAUCUUCAAACGUCCAAUUUCGCUAAUCGGAAUCUUCAAACGUCCAUCCUUUGAUUUAUUCAAUACAAACGGCCAAAAUCAAGAGCCAAACAACAUAGAUUCGUGUGGUGGAAAACUACAAGACUAUCAAUUGGACUAUGAAAAAAAAUUGGGAUAAAAUAAACCUAUUGGAACAUUUAGAAUUCAAUACUAAGAGGAAAAUUUUAAAAAAUAAAAUAGCACCCAUCAUAGGAAGCAAGCUCAUCAUCCCUCUACAGAUCACCAACCCCCCAAAAAUACCAUCCUUCUACAGAAAAAUUAAAUAAAAGAACAAAAAAUGAAAAAUCAGAACAGAAGAUGCCACAUUGUUUGCUGGAAAUGGUACAUAUGCUGCAACAGUGUGGCCACCUCCACUGCUUCCUUUUUGCAGAGACUCGUGCGCCAUCAAAGGAAGCCUAACCUGCCAAUCCUACACGAUUUCUUUCUCAAACCGAACACCACCACUGUUGUGUAAUUCAUAAUCUUAAAUUUAAGAAUAACCCUCAAUACGUAGACCUUGCAGGCAGCAGCAGCAGGUAAUUCAGCAACUGAUUUGACACACUCAUUAUAGGAAGUAAUCAGGUGUUCUUCGGGUCACAUCUGGUUCUCCCCUCCUUGGAGCUGGCUCAAACUGAAAUACAAGAUAACAAAGUUUCAAGCCUUUCUCCCAUGCAAAUUUUGCAGGCAAGCCAAUUAAUAGAUCACGUCAACCCUUACGAAUAACCAUUCAGUAAACUACAACAUAUCAAUUUGGUCACAUUUGUUUUCACAUGCUGAGAAGAGGGCAAUGGAUUUUUUUUUUUUUUUUUUUUUUU